AUGGCAUUUAAAUCGAACUUCCGAUUGGAACCUCACAACAUUUUGUCUACAAAUUGGAGCUCAGACACACACUACUGCAGCUGGUAUGGAGUUUCAUGCUUGCACCAGAGAGGUGUAGCUUUGCAACUUCCUAAUCUGGACAUUCAAGGCAGAGUUUCUUCAGAAAUUGCUAACUUGACUCAACUUGCUCUUCUUGACCUUAGUAGCAAUGACUUGAAUGGCAAUUUACCAAGUGAAUUAGCCUUCUUGCAACAGCUGAAACUUCUUAAUGUGACUGGGAAUUCUCUUGAUGGAACCAUUCCUCUGAUUAUAAGCCGUGAAAUACCUGAUGAAAUUGGUGAUCUUAGCAAUUUGAGGCUCCUUUCCUUUCGUGGCAAUCACUUCACUGGAUCGGUACCUGCUUCAAUAUUCAAUAUUUCAAGAUUACAAAUUGUAGAUCUUUCCAUAAAUGCCUUAUCAGGGGAAGUGAUUUGGAUAAUUAUCUUCCUAUCCUUGAACAUCUUUUUCUGGACAGCAACAGGAUCAGGGGGAAUGCAUCGAAGAUCACUCAUCUCUUCUUCACUGAAAAUGAUCUGCAAGGAAAUAUUCCAAGUGAGUUUGGUAAGUUGCAUGAACUGGCCUGGUUUGAGUUUUGAAUAUAAUCGAAUUUCUGGUGCCAUUCCAUCAAGCUUAUUCAAUAUUUCGUCGCUUCAAAUCCUCAAAGCCAGACAUAAUUACUUAAAUGGACAUCUUCCAUAUGAUCUUGGCACUUGGCUACCUAACUUGCAGGAGAUUUUCCUUUCACACAACCAAUUCAGUGAAGAUCUACCCUCUGCAAUAUGCAAUGCUUCAAAGCUUGAAAAUCUUGAAGUUGCAAACAAUAGUUUUACCGGUCCGAUUCCCAUGAUGUUAGGAAACUUAUCAAGCAAUAUCAGGGUCCUUGAUGCAGCAAACUGUGGAAUUAGUGGCAGUAUGCCAACAAACAUUGGAAACUUACGUGGCCUGAUUUUCCUGGGAUUAGCAAGUAAUAACAUUGUCGGCUAUUUGCCCCCCUCGUUUGUUGGCCUGCGAAACCUGGAAAGGCUGUAUCUUACUGGAAAUAAAUUAGAAGGGACAUUUCCAGCUGAACUGUGCAGCAUAGGAAGAUUAGGUCUACUGCAUUUGGGAGAAAACAGACGGUCAGGAGAAGUACCCUCGUGUAUCGGAAAUCUGACUGAAUUAAGAGUAAUGUCAAUUGCUGCCAACAAUUUCAGCUCAAAGUUACCUUCAAGUUUCUGGAGAUUAGUAAAGUUUGAUAGUCUGAACUUAUCGAGAAACCUGCUGCAUGGUUUCUUCCAUUCUGAUGUGGAAACUCUGAAAGCAAUGAACAUCAUGGACCUCUCUUUCAAUAGUUUUUUUGGUGAAAUACCCAAUUCCAUGGGUUUCCUUCCAUAUCUAGAUAUGUCAAAAAAUGCAUUCCAAGGUCCCAUACCGGACACAUUUAGCAAUCUAAUAGUUCUUGAGGCUCUGGAUUUGUCUACGAAUGCUCUAUCAGGCGUGAUUCCUAAAUCUCUUGAGCUAUUGCGAGAUAUCACGUAUCUCAAUCUUUCUUUUAACAACUUGCAAGGAGAAGUUCCAAAGAAAGGGGUAUUUGCAAAUGUCAGUUACCGGUUCUUGAUGGGAAAUCCAAGACUUUGUGGAGCACCUGACUUAUCUAUUCCUUUAUGUCCAGCUCAAGGCAGAAAGACAACAAGGAAAAAGUCCAUUAUCCUUACAACAACAGUACCUGUUGCUGUAACAUUUCUGAUAUUGGUCGCGUUGUUUUUCACAUGGAUGAUUUGGUCAAGAAAAAAACCUGUGACUGGAAACUAUGAAUCGAAUUACCCUCCUAGAAUUGCACAUCGGAGAAUCACUUAUUAUGAGCUUCUCCAAGCUACAGAAAAUUUCAGUCAGUCCAAGCUAGUAGGAAGUGGAAGUUCCUGUACAGUCUACCAAGGCACAUUUUCGGGUGGUGCUGUCUUUGCAAUCAAAGUUUUUGAUAUACAUUGGCAACGGGGUUUAAGAUAUUUUGAUUCAGAAUGCGAAAUUUUGAGCAAUGUAAGACAACAGAAACUUGGUCAAGAUAGUGUCGACUUGUUCAAAUUUGGAUUUCACUGA